CGUCCGUCGUCCGUCCGCGUCCGCGCCUUCACCGCGCGCGUCGCGAUGUGGUCCAGCCGAGACUCGCAAGCGACUCGUAUUUCCGCCAAAAUCCCGUCAACAAGCCGGAACGAGAACUGAGACUGAGAGUUUCUUCGUGCCGUCUCCUAUGUUGUUUCGAUUGAUUAUAUUCAACAAAUUUGUCACUUAAUUGAGUAAGAUGUAACGCGACGAAAAAUGCGACGCGGAGUUUCUUAACUCGGGAAGAUUUAGAAGAUCUACUUCACGCAUUAUGACAGAUAUAUAACAAUAAAAUCGCGUUAAUAGCUUAUAGUAGUUUGCGAGAAAAAGAUAUGGAAAUCGCGGCUCGAUCAGCGUCAUCUUUUUGAACAAUGACGCAUUUUAUCGCACUCGAGUGCCCCACCGUUUCAUCGCUCAUCCUGUGUCGCGCGAGAUAAGAGUCGACCAUGGUGGACAAAUUGCACGAGUACGAGGGACUCACGGGUAGGAUUCACGGUGUUCGCGAGAGUAUCAGGGAACGAUGGAGCGUGUGGAAAGAAUGGAAAAACGGGUUGAAUCUGGAUCAAGGUCUGGAAGGGCUGAGACAUCAUUUACGGGGGCCGCCCAAAUUGGAGCGCACCUUGAACGACUAUUCUCACGUCUACAGGAAGAAAACUCGCGCCGAACUGGUGAGGGUGUCGGCGGCCGUAAUGGGGAUCGAGUUUUCGUACGCGGCGGAGACCGCUUUCGUCUCGCCGACGCUGCUCAAGAUCGGCGUCGAUCACCAGCACAUGACGCUAGUGUGGGCGCUUAGCCCCCUUGUGGGCUUCUUCGUGACGCCGAUUCUUGGCAGCGUAAGCGACCGCUGUAGGCUCAAGUACGGCAGGAGGCGGCCCUUCAUCCUCCUGUUGGCCCUCGGAGUUUUCAUAGGUCUCAUCCUGGUGCCAAACGGUGAACACAUCGGCUACGUGUUCGGCGACACGCCGAUCCGCACGAACGAGACAAUCCCACUCGGACAUCGCACAACGGCGAAGCUGCCCGAGGAAGUGACGGCCGGGCCGGUUGGAAGGGCUUCCUCGCACUCCUGGGGUAUCUUCUUCACUAUUCUCGGCACGGUGCUGCUCGACUUCGACGCCGACGCCUGUCAGAGUCCGGCGAGGGCGUAUCUGCUCGAUGUCACUCUACCCGAGGACCAUGCCAAAGGUCUAAGCACGUUCACCAUAAUGGCAGGCUUGGGCGGCUUCAUGGGCUACGGACUGGGCGGCAUCAAUUGGGACGCCACGUCGCUCGGUGUUAUGCUGGGCGGACAUCUGCACGCGACCUUCACUCUCAUCACGAUCAUCUUCGUCAUCUGCGUCAUAUGUACCAUUACCAGCUUCAAAGAGAUUCCUCUCGAGCUACUCGAGCGAGAUCAGUGCCGGCAAAUGGACGAGUCGAAGACUCAGGAAGAGAUUCAAGGAGCAGAGAAUAAGCAAGACGAACGCGAGAAGAUUGUCCCCGACGAGUCGAGAACGUACGGCGCGUUCGACGCUGAGCACGAGACCGAUCUCUCGAAAACGGAAGAACUCACCCGCCGUUCGCUCCAGACGCAAUCCUCCGAUCAGUCCGAGGAGCCAGCCUCCGAGGGCAGCCACGUCAAUUACGGCUUCGACGACGUCGAGAACGGAGCGGGCCGCAAGGCGACCCUGAAGGAGUACCUGCUGUCCAUCGUCUACAUGCCGCACAGUCUACGCCUGGUCUGCCUGACGAAUCUCUUCUGCUGGAUGGCGCACGUCUGCUACUCCCUGUACUUCACGGACUUCGUGGGCGAGGCGGUGUUCGGCGGGAAUCCGCGGGCGCCCGCGGACACCGUGGAGCGCGAGCUCUACGAGGAGGGCGUGCGAUUCGGGUGCUGGGGCAUGUCCAUGUAUUCGCUGUCCUGCUCGUGCUACUCGCUGAUCAUCGAGCGGCUGAUCCAGCGUUUCCGAGCGCGUAAAGUUUACAUCUACGGGCUGCUGUUCUACAGCGUCGGCAUGCUGCUGAUGGCCCUGAUGAAGCACCCGGCCGGCGUCAUCAUCUUCUCGUGGACCGCCGGCGUCAUGUACUCCACGCUGUUCACCAUGCCCUACCUACUUGUGGCGCACUACCACGCGUCCUCGACCUUCGCCCUGACGACCGCCGGCGACGCGGUGUCCGGCGGCUUCGUGCGCGGCCUGGGGACCGACGUCGCCAUCGUCUCCUCCAUGGUGUUCCUCGCGCAGUUCCUGCUGUCCUGCUGCCUGGGCACGAUCGUCAGCCUCACCGGCACCACCGCGGCGGUGGUUUACGUCGCCAGUGUCCUGGCGAUGUGCGGCGCGGUCUCGGCCACGCGGAUCAUGUACCUGGACCUGUGAAUCUCGCUCGUCGAUCGCACGGAACGUUAACCUGUUGAUUGAUUAUGUUUCAAUAAUUGUCCAUGAAUCAACUUCGCAGAAAAAAAAACUAGAAUAAUUGUUACAUUCGAAGAUGCAAAAUUUUCCGUUAGUUGCAAAUAAUGGCUUAGGAUAAUAAGCGAGCUAUUAAGGAAAACAAUAGAUAGAUUUGUAAGAUAAUGGCCAAUUAAUCGUCACUGUAGUAAUUGUUAAUCAGUAAUUGUCAAUUUAGUGAUCUCAUCAUCCGAUUAUGGUUUCGUCCGUUUCGCAAAACUUUGAUGUUAUCGUUUUAACAUAUAUAUAUAUAUAUAUAUAUUUUACUAGUGAAAUAAAUUUACCGCGAUUAAUGUUACAAACUGUUAAAUGUUUCUGAGGUGCGUCUACUGAUUGAGUAUAGUCGCCUAAAUAUUUAUUCGCUCUAAAACUGGUACAUAAUAUCUUCAUUAAUAACGACAGAGGACGGAUGUGUAUAAUUAUAUAAUUGUAUACAAUGUGUGUAACGUAAACAAGUAAACGAUCGAUCAAUAUAUCAAGCCCAAGUUGAACGGA